AGUCUCGCGGCCGUCGCCAUUUCGCGCGCACGUCUGUGCGCCCUAAGCCCGCACAAUCAGCUGAUCGGCGCGCGCCCCGCGGCGCACAUGCCGUGAGGCCGCGCCCGCCAACAUGACGGGCUACGCCCGCGGCGAGGCCGACUUCGCCACCGCCGACCGCUUCCGCCGGGACGCGCGGCCCGCCUCGCUGGCCCCCAAGGACUACUCGGUGCCUUUACACGUAGACUGCAGUAUCGAAUACGAGCUUCCCGACUGUGCCAAGCCGCCGCAGGGCGUCAAGAUCGAGCCGCUGCUCAUGAUCCACCCGUCGCACUUCCGGAGGCUCGAGAGCCUGCGGCGGGUUCCGUUCGUGAACAACCUGCCACGCGGAGAUGCCGCGGCGGCUGCGGCCGUGACGCCAGCUAGCCGUGCGCGGGCUCCACGCCAGCCACGGCGAUGUUGCCGCGCUGCACCUGCACCGCCUGCACCACCACCACAACCGCAACCGGCACAAGCGCAGCGGCAGCGACUGCCGGAAGAACCAGCGCGGCAGUUAGCAUGCUACCGGUUCGAAUCGUUCGCACCAGAGGCUGCGGCAUCAGGAGGCGGCAAACUGGCACGCGCUCGACUCAAGCCGCAUCCGUACCUGCCGCCGGAGGCGCUUGACUGUGAUAUAGCUCGCGCGUUGCCGCCCGCCGCGCCCUACGACCGCUUCGACAAGCGGGCGCUGCAGCAGCUGCCAAUCUACAUGUAGCCGAGCGGCGGCGCCGGGGCGGGACCGGUCUCUGUGAUGUUUCGUUGUAAUUAGUUAGAGUGAUAAGUGCCGGUGGGGCGCCGGCGACGUCGCUGCGGCGCCGCCGGCGCCCGCCUAGCGUUGUGUCCGCGCGGUGUCCCUAGCGCCGCCGCGUCCGCGAUGAACCUAAUACCAAAUAGUACCUAUGUACGUUGAUAUUGUUUAAACGUUGAUUUAUGUGUUGUUGUACCGGACGAUUAUGAUGUGUUGUUCGCCGAGGACCUGGACCGUUCGUUAUCGUUUGCCGGCGCUGGUGAAUGCCUAUGCGCCGGCCCUAGUGCAUACCCACCAACGAAAAUAUUUAUUCGCAAACGCAGUAACCGACGCUUCACGAUUAAAUUAUUGUACCGUCGCCGAUUCGUUGCGUAUUUCUGUAUAAGAUAUCAUAUCGAUAAAUAUAUGUUCAAAAAUUGUAUUAUAUAAUAAUUAAUAUGUACCUAUAGAGU